AUGGAUCCAGAGAUUGCAGGAUGGCUCCAAAGCGUCCUCAGGACUAUCGGCUACCAACACAGGGACCGGAUGUAUGCUGAUGUCGAGUCAGUGUUGAGACUCUUUCAAAACUUCCUUGUGCCCAAGGCAGAAACUUACACCCACGAUGAUGGACGCUCGCAACUACUGUUAUCGCUCAUUGGCACCGUACCGAUCGUCUAUCAGUCGGCGACAUACAACAUCCCGGUCGCAUUUUGGUUACCCACCUCAUACCCUUCAGUGGCGCCCAUAGUCUUUGUGACCCCAACAGCAUUGAUGCUCGUCAAGGCAGGAAAAUAUGUCGACAUCAGUGGACGAUGCUACCACCCUUACCUCGCCUACUGGAGCAACAGGAGCGAUUCCAACCUUGUGGAACUCAUCGGCAUCAUGCAAGGCGUCUUUUCUCAAGAACCGCCAGUCUAUGCCAAAUCCAACACCUCUUCUCAGCAGCAGCAGCAACAACAGCAACAACAACAGCAGCAACAACAGCAGCAGGCCAGCCCAACCAUCGGAGGAGGAUACCCUUCACCCACCACAUCUUUGAGACCAGCACCUCCAAUUUUGUCAUACACGCCAAGACAAACCAACUCAUCCGCCAUGUCGUCGUCACAACAACAACCCUCCGACCUCUCUCAGCAACAGCAAAAUCGAUACCCUACACCUUCCAACUUUGGACUGUCGACCCAACAACUCACCCCACAACAGGCACAGCUCUACACCAAACUCCAGUCAGCGCUUUUGGAGUUCAACACGGCAUCGUCCCGCGAAAUGGAUAACCUUGUCAAUGUCAACAAGCAACUCAAUGAUGCCGAAAACAGGACCAAAGCCGAGCUUCUGAGUCUCAGAGACCUUAGUACCAAGAUUCAGCACAAUAUCGUGACGCUGAACAGAUGCACUGAGCAGCUGAACGUCAAGAUUGAACAGAUCAGGACGUGGCCAGAGGAGCCAGUAGACGAGAUUAUUUGCGGCAGCAGUGUCGUUCACAAUCAACUUUUUGAGUUGGUAGCAGAAGAGAUUGCGAUCGAAGACACCAUCUACUAUCUCGACCAAGCACUCAGCCAGGACAAAGUCGAGCUGAACGCCUAUAUGAAGCAUGUUCGGAACUUGUCAAGGGAGCAGUUUAUGAAAAAGUCACUGAUCAAAAAGGUGAAGACCCAGCUUGGACAUGUAGAGUAG